AUGGGUAAAUCAGUCAAUUUAGCAAUUAUAGGAUCAGGAGUAGUUGGAUCAGCUUACAUCAAUCAAUUAAUAAAUUCAAAGUCUAAAAUUACAUUUAAUGUAAUUUAUUUUGCAAAAAAUUCAAAAGAUGCAAUUUAUAAUCAAGAUUAUAAACCUAUUAAUUUAUCUAAUUGGAAAUCGCAAUCUUAUAAACCAAUAUUAAAUUUAGAUGAAUUAAUUAAAUAUUUACAUAAUUCUCCAAAACCAACUAUUUUAAUUGAUAAUACAUCAAAUGAAAUCAUUGCUAAUAAUUAUCCAAAUUUUUUAAAAGCAGGAAUAUCUAUUGCAACACCAAAUAAAAAAGCAUUCUCAUCAAGUUUAAAACUUUGGGAUGAAAUUUUUGAAGCUGCUGAACAAGAUGAGAAUGGGUUAGUAUAUCAUGAAUCAUCAGUUGGUGCAGGAUUACCAAUUAUUGGACCAUUAAAAGAUUUGGUAGAAACUGGAGAUAAAGUAGAAACUAUUGAAGGAAUAUUUUCAGGUACUUUAUCAUAUAUUUUUAAUGAAUAUUCAACAACUGAAGAAUCGAAUGUUAAAUUUUCAGACAUUGUUAAAAAAGCUAAAAAAUUAGGAUAUACUGAACCUGAUCCAAGAGAUGAUUUAAAUGGAUUAGAUGUUGCUAGAAAAGUUACUAUAUUAGCUAGAAUUUCAGGUUUUAAAGUUGAAAAUCCAACUAGUUUCCCAGUUGAAAGUUUAAUUCCUAAACAAUUAGAAAAUGUACAAACAUCAGAAGAAUUUUUAGAAAAAUUAUCACAAUAUGAUGAUCAAAUUCAAAAAUUAAAAGAUGAAGCUUUUGCAAAAAAUCAAGUUUUAAGAUUUAUUGGUAAAGUAGAUAAUUUAAAUAAUAAAGUAUCAGUUGAGAUUGGUAAAUAUUCAUUUGAUCAUCCAUUUGCUUCAUUAAAGGGUAGUGAUAAUGUUAUUGCUAUAAAAACUAAUAGAUAUCCUAAUCCUUUAAUUAUACAAGGUGCUGGUGCUGGUUCUGAAGUUACUGCUCAUGGUGUUUUAGCAGAUACUAUUAAAAUAGCAGAAAGAAUUGCCAAAUAG